AUGGCCAAUGCGAGAGCGGACGCGAAGAAUGUGGAUUGGAUUGCCAUGAACGUGCGUUUUAUGUGUGCGAAUCGCGAAAAUGGGGAUUUGUGA